ACAAUAUUUGGUUGCGGCAUGGGCGACUUGUGUUUGAUUGGUACUUCUUCGAAAGCUUCUCAAAGUACGAAGUGUGACAAUGCAGUAAUAGCCACAGUCACAUUCCCAACUGCAAUAAAUUUGCAAGUGAUUGAGCUUCAUGCUUUAAGUCUUUCAUGUCAAGAGCAUCUUGCCUUUGUUUUGCAGUUGCUUCAACAUUCCCCCAACCUAUGUGAGCUGAAGAUUACGCCAGAAGAUGCUGAUGAUAUAUGUUUUUGUGAGGAUAUAACAAUGGCUACAAGACUUUUGGAGGAUCCAAACGGUUGCAUUGUUAAACAGGAUCUGAAGAUUCUUAACACAAUCAUGAUUGAUAGGUUUAGUGGAUCUACACUCGAAAAGCUUUUUGUGAAAAUGUUUCUCUUGAAAUCCCCUGCACUAGAGAGAGUUUUAAUUAUGGAAUAUGAAUAUAUUGAUACCUCUGUCAAAAGCCUAAGGGAGUUGUUGCGUUUUCCUCGUGCAUCUCCGAAAGCCCAGAUUGUUUGUAUGAAAUGCGACAACAAUGAGGAGUCCAGACUAUUUGAUUACAUACGGUUUUAACCAUGUAGGAGUUUAGUAUGAUGAAGCUUCAUGGGUUCAAUUUGAAUGCAACCUAGAAAUGUAAGCAUUGGUUGUGGUGUAAU